UCUUAUCUGUGCUGCGUGGGCGUGCUCUUGUUUUCUCUCUAUAUUCGCACUGAGCGAACAAAUUGCUUGGCGGCAAAUUUGAAGUGCAGCAUUUUGGUGGCUGAAAUCAAUUUUAUCAGCAGCGUGCUCUCAAAGCACUCCACAGUCUCUCGCGAAGUGUUGACCACGUCAGACAUAGUUGCCAAUAAAUUGAUCUUAUCACAGAUACAAAUAGUUUCGCAACAGGCACAGUAGGAAUCGUGCAGUCAGAAUGGCCGAACCAGCAUUUGCAGAUAUAUCCGCCAAGUUCACUGAGGCGACAUUGGAUGAGAUCAUUCAGAACGCCGGCGGCACCAAGCACACCUCGUACAAGUUUGGGGAGGGCGGCAAGAAGGGUGACUCCUACUUGAGUCGCGUAUUCCGGCUGUGCGUUUACGGCGUAAAGGAGCCGGAGGGCAAACAGCUGGAGGUAAAUGUCGUUGUCAAGGGCAUGCCGGACAAUUUGCACAGGCGUCGACUGUUCCGCUCCACGGACUUUUUCCGCAACGAGAUUAAUUUCUACACGAAGGUCAUACCGGCUAUUGAGGCUUUCCAGGCCUCGCGUCAGCCCAAGCCCAAGAAGCCAUUCACGGAGUAUCCCAAGUGCUAUGCAUCCAUCUGUGAUGGCGUCAACGAUUUCAUAGCUCUCGAGGAUGUGGGCUUCCGUGGCUAUCGCUCACCCAAUCGCCAGAACUACAUAUCUCUGGAGGACGCACUUCUCACCAUGCGCACCAUGGGACGCUAUCAUGGCGUGGCUCUGGCGUUCAAGGCUCUGGAUGCGGACAACUUUGAGAAGGCCGCCGGUGCCUUGGAGGAGACCUACUAUGGCGAGCAUACGCGCGAGUGGUACAAGGACUUCUUGCAGCUGGCCCAGAAGGUGGCUCUGGAUGCUGUGAACAAGACAUUCCCCAACACCAAGUAUGAGACGUUGGCCACCAAUUUUCUGCAGCCUCAGCUGUUCGACGAUCUGAUCAACUUGGUGUCCACGCGCUCCAAGCUGAGUGUCUUUGGACAUGGCGACUGCUGGACGCCCAACUUCCUGACCCGCUACAGCGACGACGGUGCACCGCAGGAAAUCAUCAUCAUUGACUAUCAGCUGGCGCGCUGCGCCUCCGUUGCGCUGGAUGUCAGCUUCUUCAUAUACUCCUGCACCAGCCAGCAGUUGCGCGAGGAGCACUACGAUGAGCUGCUGCGCGCCUAUUUGGAGAGUGCCCAGGCACUUAUCACAGAUCUGGGCGGCGAUGCAGAGGCAGUCAUCUCCUGGGAAACGCUGCAGGACGAGCUAAAGCAAUUUGGUCGCUUCGGCUGCGGCAUGGGCAUCGAGUCGCUGCCCAUGUCGCUCAUCGAGGACGACGAGGUGGCCGAUCUGGAUGCCAUUGUCGAGAACGCUGUCCUCACCGACGUCUGGAACAUAACGCCCUUCGAGCAGCCCGCCAAACAGCAGCGUAUUGCCGAAAUCUUCAAACAUGCCAUUGACCAGGGUUACAUCAAGUAAUCCGGCUGCCAGCCUCACAGCCACCGGACGCGCCUCGCUCAACCUUCAAGACAAUAAGUUUAACGAUGUAUUUUAAUUGUAUUUUGGCCACCGAGAACUUGCCUCGGCUGUUGCCCCAUAUCAAGUUUUGAUCAAAUAUUGAGACGAGCCACAGGAACUCAAGUACUAACGAUAUUACAAUAUAACUUUAAGACACAUAUCUGCAUAAAAACACACAAAAUAUUCUGAUAAACUUAAAA